ACUUGUCACUUCUUCAUAAAAUAUUUUUCAUGUUAUUAUUGUUUAAAAUUCAUAUAAUAUAAUUGACGAUUUCAAAUAAUAACAAAUAGGUACUAAAAUGAAUGGGCAUGUUACGAUUAGAUUAGCCUCUGAAAGAGUUAAUCAUUGUGUGGCAUCAAGUAAUGAAUUACCAAGGUUUUAUACACCGGGGGAGGUUAUAAGUGGCAUGCAAGACUUUAUGCGUGGCCAUGGGACAUACGUAGAAGAUGACUGUAUUAAAUCAUCAGUUGCUGGUGUAAUGCAAAAAGUAAAUAAGUUGAUUUGUGUGCGGCCAUUGAAAAGUAGAUAUGUCGGUGAAAUAGGCGAUGUUGUGGUUGGGAGAGUUUUAGAAGUUCAACAAAAGAGAUGGAAAAUAGAAACCAACUCUCGCCUGGAUUCCAUUUUACAAUUGUCUUCAGUUAAUUUACCUGGAGGAGAAUUGCGCCGCAGAUCUGCUGAAGAUGAGCAAAUGAUGAGGAAGCAUUUACAAGAAGGUGAUUUAAUUAGUGCAGAAGUGCAGAGUGUAUUUUCUGAUGGCUCUUUGUCGUUACAUACAAGGAGCUUAAAGUAUGGCAAGCUAUCCCAAGGAGUGUUAAUGAAAGUUUUUCCAUCAUUGAUCAAACGGCGAAAAAAUCACUUUCAUAAUUUACCUUGCGGUAUUGCAAUUAUCAUUGGUAAUAAUGGCUUCAUAUGGAUGAGCCCAAUACAACAAAAUAUUAUAUUUGCAGAAAAUAAUGAAGACAUUCAAAACUACGAACAUCAGCCUGUACAUAGAUCAGAUAGAGAAAUAAUGGCAAGAUUGAAAAACUGUGUGUCAGCAUUGGUAUCUUCAAAAAUGAUGUUGGAUGACUCAAGUAUAAUGUUUGCUUAUGAAGAAAGCCUGAGGUAUGAUGAUGUAAAGGAACUACUGGACCCUGAAGUUAUGCUUGACAUUGCAUUCUUAACACAGCACAGAUUAAAUAGUAUUAUGGAAGAGUAAUUUAGGUACAAAUUUUAAGCCUUGUUAUAUUAAGAUACAUGAUUAUGAUAAAAAAAUUUAAUAUGCA